AGGUGUCACUGCAGCGGGAUCUCCGUUCCUCUCCUGCAGCAGAGCUUCCCCCGAACCUCCACAUUCCUCCGCCUCCACGGGAGCCGCGAUGAGCAGACAGGCGCCCACGGUGAGGUCCGUGCUGGGACGGAGAGGUUUCAGCUCAGCUUCGGAGAUCUGCGGCCGAAGCUUCGCCGCCUCCGCCUGCCAGCCCGCCCGCUGCGGGGCUGGCGCCUACAGCAGCAGGAGCGUCUGCAACCUGGGUGGAAGCAGGAGAAUUUCGUACGUGAAUGGGGUCUGUGGUACUGGAUGUUUCGGAGACUUCAGCUUCGGAGGUGUAGGCUAUGGUGGUGUUGGAGGAAGGGUUGGCCUUUGCGGCCCGAGGGGAUACAGCAUCAUCAGAGGCUAUCCCGAUCGCAAGGCUGACGGCAUCCAAGGCAUCUGCAUCGACGAGCGGCUCCUGAAGCCCCUCUGCGUUGGGGUCGACCCACUGGAGCAUGAAAUACGCUGCCAGGAGAAGGAGCAGAUAAAGACCCUCAACACCCAGUUUGCCUGCUUCAUCGACAAGGUCCGCUUCCUGGAGCAGCAGAACAAGGUGCUGGAGACCAAGUGGGGCCUCCUGCAGCAGUACGUGCUACCGAAGAAAGGGAAGAACCUUGAGCUGUACUUUGAGAACUACAUCUGCGACCUACGGAAGCGCCUGGACUGCUUGCUGUGCGAAAAGCAAAAGCUGGGCAGCGAAGAGUGUGCCACGAGCCAGCUGGUGGAGGAGUUCAAGUGCAAAUAUGAAGAGGAAAUCAACAGGCGUACAACUGUAGAGAAUGAGUUUGUAGCACUCAAAAAGGACGCAGACUGUAUCUUCUUGAACAAGGAAGAGCUGGAGGUGAAGGUGGAUCUUCUAAGAAGGCAGCUGGAGCUGCUGAAAUGUGUGUUCGAGGAGGAACGAGCUCAGGUAGAUCGCCAGUUAUGUGACACCUCGGUCAUCGUGAAAAUGGACAACAAUCGAGACCUGGACAUGGAAAGCAUCAUUAAGAACGUGGAGUGCUGGUACCAAGAAAUAGCCCAGAAGAGCAAAGAAGAAGUGGAUGCUUUCUACCAAACCCGGUUUCAGGAGCUUCAGGAUAAAAGGGGCAAGUAUUGUGACGAUCUGCAGAGCAACAAGUGUGAGAUUUCGGAACUAACCCGGAUGAUACAGAAGUUGCAGUGUGAGCUGGAAAAUGUGAAGAAGCAGGUCUCCUGCCUGCAAACCUCCAUCUGUGAUGUUGAGCAGCGUGGGGACUGUGCCCUGAAAGAUGCACGGGAGAAGCAUGUUGAGCUGCAGAACGCCCUCCAGAAGGCCAAGGACGAGCUGGCUUGCAUGCUGCGGGAUUACCAGGAGCUGUUGAACGUCAAGCUGGCCCUGGACAUUGAGAUUGCAACCUAUAAGACUUUACUGGAGGGUGAAGAGAGCAGGAUAUGUGUGGGGAACCCGGUGAGCGUGUCUGUGGUCAGCAGCGGCUACAAUAUCCCCGAAGACUGCGGGAUGCUGGCUGCGAAUGCAGCUGUGUGUGGCUACGGCUCCCUGGGGAGGCGAUCCGGACGCCACAGCUCCCAGAACGGAGGGUUCAGCUCCCGGAGCGCCGGGAUCCAUCCCAAGAGAGUCGUGAGCUCAGUGGCGAAGCAGUGCGUCCCAGAGGUGUACUGCCAAGCUGGGGGCGUCAGCUGCAAAAACGGGGGAUUCAGCUCCCGGAGCGGCGGGUACCCAGCCCGCACUGUCAUCAGCACAGGAAACCCAGGCUUGAAUGCCAGGAUUGGGGCUUGCCAAGCUGGCGGUGUGGUCAGCUUUGGAAACCAAGGCUGCGUCAUCAGGCAGCUGGGGGGCUCCCCGGUUGUUGUUGCAAACAGCCCCGAAGUUGUGGGGUGCAACAAUGGCGUGGUGGGUAAUUUCGGGGUUGUCAGAGACCCCUGUGUUGUUCCAUAGGGAUA